AUGAGUUCCUUUUUCAGUCGCAUCAAGUCCGGUGCUCCGCCCUUGAGCCCAGCGACCGGCAGCAUACCCGUCAGGAAAGACCCCAACGCGCCCGAGGUGACGCCGCUGGAGAAGCUGCUGCUCAACGCGGGCCCUCUGCGCGGCGACGGCAGCGACAAGUUCUUCGGCUUUGAGAAUGUAAGUCUGGCUACUUACUGCAACUCGAUAGUACAGUGUCUAUACUACUCAGUGCCCUUUCGAGAACAGGUCAUCAACUUCCCCGCGCGCUCACCCCCAGAAGCCCUCGAGAGGCCCACGUCAGGCCCCCUCAAACUCAACACAAAUCUCCCAAAUGGCCAGAGUACAGCCCUCUCGCCCACGGGGCGCACCUCACUCUCUAGCCCCAAUGCCAAAAGUCCCGCAAAACCAGCUACCACGCCAGGCGCGACGAACCAACCCCCAGGCACCAAGCCAGAGGAUAACAAAGACUCGCCAGAGUACAAGAAGAAGCAGGCUCUGGCGGCCGGUCCGGUUCUGCAGAUGGACUACGAGAACGCAAACGCAUACGGCAUGAACGAAUCGCUAUUUUCAUCGCUGAAAGAUAUAUUCGAGGCCGUCAUAGCACACAGAUCACGCAUAGGCGUCGUCAGCCCACACAAACUUCUCGAGAUAUUGCGGCGGGACAAUGAGAUGUUCCGGACACCUAUGCACCAGGAUGCACACGAGUUCCUGAACUUACUGCUGAACGAGGUCGUAGAUAAUGUCGAGAAUUACUCCAAGAGUCGCCCAGCCCAAGUGGAAGAGAUAACCGAGGACGGCGAGACUGUAACGGAUGGCCAAGUAGUGACCGCGCGGAACUCGGUGGCCUCUGCCAAGUCAAACUCUGGGUGGGUACACGAGCUGUUUGAAGGCACAUUAACGUCCGAAACACGAUGCCUCACAUGCGAAAACACAUCACAGCGAGACGAGGCAUUCCUGGACCUGUCUGUCGAUCUGGAACAGCACUCGUCAGUGACGAGCUGUUUGCGCAAAUUCUCAGAAGAGGAGAUGUUGUGUGAACGGAACAAAUUUCAUUGCGACAACUGUGGAGGCCUGCAAGAGGCGGAAAAGAGGAUGAAGAUCAAGCGAUUGCCCAAAAUCCUGGCCUUGCAUCUCAAGCGUUUUAAGUAUACAGAGGAUCUCCAGCGCCUGCAAAAGCUCUUCCACCGCGUCGUAUACCCCUUCUACCUCCGGCUGUUCAACACCACCGAUGAAGCAGAAGACCCAGACAGACUAUACGAGCUAUAUGCAGUUGUGGUUCACAUAGGAGGUGGACCCUAUCAUGGUCACUACGUAUCCAUCAUCAAGACGCAAGAUCGAGGCUGGCUAUUGUUUGACGACGAGAUGGUUGAACCGGUAGACAAGGCCUACGUCAGGAACUUUUUCGGUGGAGAGAAUGUGCUCGCUUGUGCAUACGUCUUGUUUUACCAGGAGACAACAGAAGAAGCUAUGAUGAAGGAACAGGAAGCCGACGCUCUCGCCGAAGCAGAGCAAGCUGCCAAGAUGGCACAGGAAGAAGUCACGACACCGAAAGCGAACGGGGUCAACGGCCAGUCAUAUCAUACCUUCCACAACGCGACCACCCCCACGAUGGAAGAGGCCGACAAAUUCGCGAGCCUCGACCAUGCAGCUACCGCCCCACCGCUUGCACAGGUUCAAACGAACACCGACCAUCACCCAGUCGAACAUACCACAACUCAGGUUCCCGUACUCGCUGCGCGUAAAAGUAAUCUCGGGCUCUUCGGUAAGAGCAAAGAAGAGAAGGAACGCAAGGCCCAGGAGAAGGCCCAGGAGAAGGAGCUUGAGAGGCAAGCGAGGGAAAAGCGCAAAGAGAUGGAAAUACAACGGCGCGAAAACUACCGCAAACAAGAAGAUGACCUUCGUGCAGCACUCGAAGCCAGCAAAACAUCAGCAGCUGAAGAAGAGAAGAAGCGCGUCGCGAGUGGGGAGGUUGUACCGCCACUUCCAAGUGCGGUCGGGGAGAAGGACAAGGCUGCGAAUGGCUUUGGCAGCGUUAAGGGUAUGAGCGGAUUGAGUCGUUUUAGGCACACAUCAAUGAGUCUCAAAGCCAAACCCAAAUUCUGGUCCGGAGGCAAGGACAAGCACGACGGCACGACAGACGAGCACAACCCGCCCGAUACACCCACCACCGACACCGACAAGGACGGCAAGAACCGCUUCAGUUUAGGGCGGAAGAAGAGCACGUUCAAGUUCUAG